CCCCUUCAAAUCAUUGAACUCAGGUAUUCCAAUGACCUCCAUGGCCAAAGGUGUAUAAAAUAAAGCACCUAGGCAUGCAGACUGCUUCUACAAACAUUUGUGAAAGAAUGCAUCUCUCUCAGGAGCUCCGUGAAUUAAAGCGUGGCACCGUCAUAGGUUACCACCUGUGCAAUAAGUCCAUCCAUGAAAUUUCCUUGCUACUAAAUAUUCCACGGUCAACUGUUAGUGUUAUUAUAAAAAAGUGGAAGCACCUGGGAACAACAGCAACUCAGCCACAAAGUGGUAGGCCAUGUAAAAUGACAGAGCGGGGCCAGCACAUGCUGAAGUGCACAGAACGCAUGCUGAAGUCGCCAAAUCUCUGCAGAGUCAAUAGCUAAAGACUUCCAAACUUCAUGUGGCCUUUAGAUUAGCACAACAGUGCGUAGAGAGCUUCAUAGAAUGGGUUUCCAUGGCUGAGAAGCUGCAUCCAAGCCUUAAAUCACCAAGUGCAAUGCAAAGAGUCGGAUGCAGCGAUAUAAAGCAUGCCACCACUGGAGCAGAGAAUGCUGCUUGCAUGACUGCAUUGUGCCAAGUAUAAAGUUU